GGUGUUCUGGUGCUGUCCGCGGUGCUGGCCGAGCAGGAGGGGGAGAACCUGUCCGGGCUUUCCACCAACCCGGACAAAGCCAUCUUCGCGGUCCGGGAGAACGCCACGACAUGCCUCAUGGUGGAGUUCGCCGCCAAAUUCCUCGUGCCAUACGACGUGCUCGCGCUCAACGGAAUAGACGUAAGGAAUUCCCCACUUCCCCACACAAAGCGAGCUGCGUAAACUGGCUGAAACCGCGCGUAAAAGCGGCUGGCGCACUGAUCACAUAGUUUAAGACGAAAAUAAAUUAGUUCCUCACUUAAAUUAAUUUAAAUCUUACUAAGAGUUGUCUUUUAUUUUUGAAUAAUUUCACAUUGUAGCUAAAACGAAUCCGGGGUUGUGAUUUCCAGCUGUGCGUAAAACGCUCACCUUA